AUAUAUGGACACCUACUGUGCAGCAAAUUGCAUUUAACAUGUGAGGAAAGAGAGCCAAGCUUCAUUUGCCUCAGGCAAAGACCUGGACAUAAUCACUUGUACCACAUUAGAUGAUGUGCAAUAGCUCAUUAAGCAAUAGCUACUUCAUCAUGCACCAGAGCCUCACGUCCUGACCGGUGUGGGAGGAAGAUGGGAAGUGGACCAUCUCAUUUCCUGGCAUCCUGGUGUGGUUGUGUCACCACAGUAGCUGAACAUUUAUCUUGAAGAUAUGCAAGAUGAAGAAAGUUGGAGUAGAUCUAAAUAAGGGCUUUACAGCUGGGAGUUUGACUAAAAGUUCAUUCCAUCUAACAGUUUUCUUCUCACUUGAUGCUGUAGAGAUUGAACUUUCUGUAUCCUUUUCAACAGUCUCUUGCUAGUUAACCAAAACAUUUCAAUCAGUAGCAAAGUAUUUGCUUUCCAUACCUGCAGUUCGACAGAAGCAGCAUGCUUCUAUCAGCAUCCCAGCACAGCAGAGAUCUCUUCUAUCGAUUAUCAAGGUUGUCACUGACCCAAAAGCAAGGCUUUUAGUAGUUCUGGGCCUUUGGCUGAGGAAUGGCUGCUGCCCUCUCCUGGAAAGAAUGAUACUUCCCUGGUUACUCCUGAGAGCAUCACUUCCAUAAUCUGGGAUGAAGCCCUCAAGCAUGGCUGGAGCAUUUAGAAUUAAGGCAUGUAGAACAAUGAAUGUAGUCUUUCAAGUGGGUUUGUAAGCAGAAAAUUGCAUCCAAAUACAGAACUGUGCAUCAAAAACGAAGAUAAGGAAAUUUGAUGCCCAGCUCUAAUAGCACAGCAACUCUCUACUUUUUUAUAUGACAAAGGCCUAUUAUUACCUAUAAAUGAGCUACUCAUUGUUCUCAAAGCCUCAGGAAGCCAGUGGAAUGGCUUACCAUAUUCUCUCUUCCUUAAAAAAUAGGCUGCUGCAAAGGAUGACUUCCACAAAAGUAUGGCAGAGAAUUCAGUGGGGGCAAAGUUCUCAGUCAUGGCUCUGAAUUAGCAGAAGUUCUCACUGUGCAAAGGGGACAAGUCAAACAAGCUGAAAGCCCCUUAAGCAGAUGUGAACACUUGGCCCUAAAGCUCCAAAGGUUAGUUUAGUUUUCAAGGUAGGAUACUGGGGAGAGGAGGUCAGGUCAGAACAUAAGAAGCAAAGUAUGAAGGACUCAUCUGAAGUUCCUCUAGAAAAGUGCUCUGCUUUUUGAGGGAGAGGAGCCUGUCAUUUGUAAGGGUAGGUUCAUGCUCUUGCAGGAGAUAUGAAAGCUCUCUGGAUCCUCAAGGUGCCUUAUCUGGCUUUGGAAAAGGAAAGGUGCUGAACUUUUUAUUCUUUAAAGAAGAGAAAAUGGAGAGGUAUUUGACUGAGGCCAUUUCAAACCUAAUGCUCUUGGCAGGUCUUCUCUUUUUGAUAUUUUUUUCUAGGCCUUUUCUUUUCCCCAAACCAUCUGCAAAAUUGGUUGGACUACUUCCCAUCUAAGUGCCUGACUUUCCAUGCCUGACAGGCAAUCCUACUUCUCCCUCCUCCCAGGAGUCAUCAGCCCCAAGGGGACGGACUGCAGGAUUACACGAGCUGGAAGACCCCGUGAGGGUCAACAGGUGUUGAUCUAAGGCUUGUGAAGUUUGGAUUGUCUCCCGGUGACAACGGGGCUAAGAACCUGGUAAAAGACAAAGCAAAACCACCAUGCCUCUGGGGAAAUCACUCUGCUACCUUGCCAAGAAACAUGUUUGACAGGUUUAUAAGCCGAGGUGGAGUUGGAGUUCUCUGAGCUCUUCUAUCUUCCUUGAAAGAUGUCAGUGACAGUGUGGGUGUUCCUGAGUCCUCAGGGUCCAUCUGUGCGCUGUGAUCCAGUGAAUGGCCACCACGUUCAGCUUCUCCUCAGAUGUGUCCCUCCAGCAGCCCCAGCUCUGGUUUGUAGAAACUCCAAGUCACUUCUCCUGGAAGGAGAGCUACUACCGAUCAGCCAUGUCCCAGAGCUCACAGCCCAGGGAAUUUCUCAAUCCAGAGGUGCUCCAGCAUAUCUGGGACUUCCUGGAACAGCCAAUAUGCUCAGUUCAGCCAAUUGAUUUAAACUUCAUUGAUGACCCAUCUGAAAAUGGCACUACAAACAAAAUAGAGAUUAGCAUGGACUGCGUCCGGGUGCAGGACACAGAACUGAACGACCCCAUGUGGCCACAGUAUACGAACCUUGGCCUCCUAAACAGCAUGGACCAGCAGAUCCAGAAUGGUUCUUCCUCCACCAGCCCCUACAACACGGAGCACGCGCAGAACAGCGUCACGGCCCCCUCGCCUUAUGCCCAGCCCAGCUCAACUUUUGAUGCUCUCUCGCCCUCCCCAGCCAUCCCUUCCAACACAGACUACCCAGGACCUCACAGCUUUGAUGUAUCAUUUCAACAGUCCAGCACGGCAAAGUCAGCAACGUGGACGUAUUCCACCGAACUGAAAAAGCUGUAUUGCCAGAUUGCCAAAACAUGUCCCAUCCAGAUUAAAGUGAUGACCCCACCACCCCAGGGAGCUGUUAUCAGAGCUAUGCCAGUCUACAAGAAAGCUGAACAUGUCACCGAAGUGGUCAAACGCUGCCCAAACCAUGAGCUGAGCCGGGAGUUCAACGAAGGGCAGAUUGCACCUCCCAGUCACCUGAUCAGGGUGGAAGGGAACAGCCAUGCCCAGUAUGUAGAAGACCCCAUCACCGGGAGGCAAAGCGUGCUGGUCCCCUACGAGCCACCCCAGGUUGGUACGGAGUUCACAACAGUCUUGUACAACUUCAUGUGUAACAGCAGCUGCGUAGGAGGUAUGAACCGUCGCCCGAUCCUCAUCAUUGUGACACUGGAAACCAGAGAUGGGCAGGUCUUGGGCCGCCGAUGUUUCGAAGCCCGCAUUUGCGCUUGCCCGGGCAGAGAUCGCAAAGCAGACGAGGACAGCAUCCGCAAGCAGCAAGUCUCUGACAGCACAAAGAAUGGUGAUGGUACGAAGCGCCCUUUUCGACAAGGAACUCAUGGCAUACAGAUGACAUCUAUCAAAAAAAGACGUUCCCCAGAUGAUGAGCUCUUAUACUUGCCGGUAAGGGGACGGGAGACAUAUGAAAUGCUACUAAAGAUCAAAGAGUCCUUGGAACUAAUGCAGUUCCUUCCCCAGCACACAAUUGAGACCUACAGGCAGCAGCAGCAACAGCAGCACCAGCACUUGCUCCAGAAGCAGACGUCCAUGCAGUCACAGUCAUCCUACGGCUCCAACUCUCCACCCCUUGGCAAAAUGAACAGCAUGAACAAGCUGCCCUCGGUCAGCCAGUUAAUUAACCCCCAGCAGCGCAAUGCCCUGACCCCAACCACCAUCCCCGACGGCAUGGGAACCAACAUUCCCAUGAUGGGCACCCACAUGGCCAUGACCGGCGACAUGAAUGGCCUCAGCCCCACGCAGGCCCUGCCUCCUCCCCUCUCCAUGCCUUCAACAUCCCACUGCACCCCCCCUCCUCCAUACCCCACAGACUGCAGCAUUGUCAGCUUCUUAGCGAGGUUGGGCUGCUCAUCCUGUGUGGAUUAUUUCACGACCCAGGGGCUGACCACCAUCUAUCAGAUUGAGCAUUACUCCAUGGAUGAUCUGGUGAGCCUCAAGAUCCCAGAGCAGUUCCGCCAUGCCAUCUGGAAGGGUAUCCUGGACCACCGGCAGCUCCAUGACUUCUCCUCCCCUCCCCACCUCCUGCGCACCCCCAGCGGCGCCUCCACGGUCAGCGUGGGCUCCAGCGAGACGCGGGGGGAGCGGGUCAUCGACGCGGUCCGCUUCACGCUCCGGCAGACCAUCUCCUUCCCGCCUCGCGAUGAGUGGAACGACUUCAACUUCGACAUGGAUGCUCGGCGCAACAAACAGCAACGCAUCAAGGAGGAAGGGGAGUGAGCCCUGCAGACCCCGCUCCACCCCGCCUCAGCCAUGAACUGCCCAGCCCUUCAUUUGUCUUCCUUCUGCUUGGUACUGCACCCUUGGACAAAGGGCGGAGGGAACCUUCUUGCCCAAUCAUGCUAGGUUUUGCCCUUGAUGCUGUCUAGGUCAUACUUCUGGACCAUGACCUCCACGCCAGCUCUUGCAAGGGGAAGAGCUGAGUGAAGGGGGAAGGCGGGUGGUGUUUCCUUGAGAGCUGUUGACCUUCUCAAGAAGGCAUUGUUCUUGUUUCACAUUUUCUUCUGGGGAGAGGGCUUCUUUUCUUGACUUUUGCAUCCUCACACACCUCGUGUGGGCAUCCUGACCUGCAAUAUUGUCUCUCUCAUCCAGCAAUCCUACUUUGAAAAGCAGGAAGGUUGAAAUAUAUAUAUAUAUAGAUAGAUAUUAUUUUUCUUUAAAGCCAAAAAUGCAAACAACCCACCCCAAAACUGAAUGCAAAAACCCCAAAGCCACCAAACCCUGAACUGUCAGUUCAUCCAAAAAAUAAAUGGGAGUUGGUCUGCUGAACGUUGCACUUAAACAGCCUCUUCCCACGGAGCUGAGUGCUCUGUUCAUGUGUAAUACUCUCCAGCGGAGACAGCACAUGCACUUUGCUGGGCAGGCCAGCACUUACAGCCACCUGCAACCCACUUUUUCUUUUCCCCCUCACCUUCUCUGGGGGGGGGGGGGGGGGGGAACCCAAACCUGCUGUCUCUUCUUGUUUCGAAUUUACAUUCAUGUGUAUGUCCUGGCUUGCUUAUUUCAGAAUAUAAAUGCAGGUACAACCAUU